GCUGUGAGGCCCUCAGCAAUGCAUGGUAUGUAAUAGCAAACAUAAACCUGUACUGCAUUGUACAUGCAUAUGGUUUGCUCACAACCAGCUGUCUUGUUGCAUUGCAGGGAAAUGCAGGGAACCCUGGUGACCCUGGACAAAAAGGAGAGGGUGGAUUCCCAGGACCAUACGGCCAGAAAGGACCAAGAGGGCCAGGUGUUGUGCAAUGUGACCUUGUCAGGAACAUUAAAGAAAAUUGCCCUUGCUGCUAUGGUGCACAGGAGUGCCCUUUGUACCCAACCGAGCUGGCAUUCGCCAUCGAUAAUUCCCAAGGUGUUACUAGGGAGGUGUUCAACCGUAUGAAGCGCAGCAUUCUGAACAUCGUGCGCAAUCUCACCAUCGCCGAGAGCAACUGCCCGCGGGGGGCGCGGGUCGCCAUAGUGACCUACAACAACGAGGUGAUGACGGAGAUUCGCUUCUCUGACAAUCACAAGAAGAAGACCCUGAUCCAGCAGAUCGAGGGCCUGCAGCACCUGCAGACCAGCAAGGAGCGCAGCCUGGAGAGCGCCAUGAACUUUGUGGCCAGGAACACCUUCAAGAGGGUACGCAGUGGCUUCCUCAUGAGGAAAGUGGCCAUCUUCUUCAGCAACGGGCCCACCAAGAGCUCUCCCACGCUCAGCGCUGCCACCAUGAAGCUCUACGAAGCAGGGAUCUCCUCUGUCUUCCUCACCAACCGGGAUGAUGGGGUGCUGAACCGAGCUGUGCAGAUCAACGGCACUGGACUGGCACAAGUUCUUGUGCUUCCUUCUGGACCAGCACAAUUCAACCAAACCAUCAAAAAAGUUAUUAACUGUCAUGUCUGUUUAGAUUUCUGCAGCCCUGAUUCCACCUGUGACUUCAUACUCCCUCAAACCACGAGAGAUAGAAGGUCCCCCACAACAGACGUCGACAUCGAUAUCGCCUUCCUUAUGGACAGCUCCGAGAGCACCAGUCCGAGACAGUUUGUGGAGAUGAAACGGUAUGUCUCCCACAUCGUAGAACAGCUGGAAAUUGCAUCGGACCCCAAAACAUCUGAGCACCACGCCCGAGUAUCUGUUGUCCAGCAUGCCCCCUACGAAUAUAAACAGAACAGAAUCCUGCCGCCAGCCAAGGUGGACAUCGGACUGACGGAUUACGGAUCAAAAGAGGACAUCAGGAACUUCCUUCAGAACAAAAUGCCCCAGCUGGAAGGGGUGCGGGCCCUGGGCAGUGCCAUAAAGUACACCAUCGAGCAUGUCUUCGAGGCGGUGCCACAUCCCCGCAACCUGAAGGUGAUUGUGCUGAUGGUGACGGGAGAAGUGAUGGAGGAUGAGGCUGAGAGACUGCAGAAGAUCGUGGUCGAUGCCAAGUGCAAAGGCUUCUUCAUUGUGGUGCUGGGCAUCGGCAGCAAAGUGAGCAUCCAGGACCUCUCAGUCUUGGCCAGUGAACCCACCGAUGUCUUCUUUAAGAGAGUCGAGAGGUCAUCUCACUUUUACGAAGAGCGUAUGCAGCGAUUUGGCCGUCUGCUCCCUAAACUUGUUAGUGCUGAAAACGCCUUCUACCUGCCUCCAGAGAUCAGCAAGAACUGUGACUGGUUCCAAAGUGACCAGCCCUGGAUGGGACCUUUCAGACACUCACAGAAGCAUGCAAAGGGCAAGGAAAACCAAUCAGUUCCAGUGAAUAAACACAAAGAAGUGGAGGCUGGCGAAAUACAAGCUGUUAACAUCAGUUCAACCAGCCUGGUCUUGCACUGGGUCAGCCCAGAUAGUAAGCAGGAUUACCAUUAUGAAGUAAUCGUAAAGAAACUGGGAGACCACUCCCCCGUGCUGAGAAAGAAUGUGACGGGCAGCGAGCUGUUCAUCGAAGGACUGGACAGCAGCCAGCGGUAUCACGUAGUCAUCACUGGAUACCUCAGGACCCACGUCAAAGUCACAUACAAGGGGAUCAUCACCACCAAAAAAGCUGAGAAGAAAGCUGCUGAGGCCACUUUAAUUGACGACCCGCUGGAGAAGCCAGAAACAGUGGGGUAUGUUUGCCAGCUGCAGAAGGAGGAAGGCUCAUGUACGAAAUUCGUCCUGAAGUGGUACUUUGAUGCCCAGACAUCGAGCUGCACGCGGUUCUGGUAUGGAGGAUGCGGAGGAAAUGAAAACAGGUUCGAAACCCAGGCAGAGUGUGAGGAGGCCUGUGCUUCCGUGACGGUUAAUCCUGGAGUCAUGGCAGCGAUUGGAACCUAAGUGAAAAGUAAUGAAAACCAACAUUUACCUCUGAAGAGAACCCGGAGAUAACCACAGCCAACUAGAAGCUAAGGGAAUGCUGAACCUUGCACUGUACCUGCAGAUGCUUUUGAUACGAAGACUCUUGAAGUAGUUUUUUUCUUUUUCUUUUUAAGAAAAAACAUUGCUGCAUGAUUUGGCGUACUGGUGCUAAUGUGUUUGAUGAUCAGGUGCUGAAUUUGUCUGGAAUGCAAUUUACACAUUUACACUUCUCUUACGUCUUUUUAUUUUCCAAUCAUGGACGACGUUUUUAUGCUUUGAAAUCUUUUUUUAUGAAUAUCUUGGUCAAACGGGAAUCAAAAAAGCAAAGUUUAUUCAAUAGGGCAAAGAUUCUCUUUCUCAUUGCACACAUACACAGUCCAAUUAUUUUUAAUGCAUAGGAUGGUAUAUAUUUGACACAUUUUGGGCCAGUACUGGCCCAAAGACAUCACAAUUAAGAUUUUCUUUCUAGCUGUUCAUUAUAUCAUACUGUGUUAGUGUUUACAAUAUUCUGUGUUAACUGAAAAGAUAAGUAUAUGAUGACGAUAAUGACAAUCACCCUCAGCUCAGUAUUGAGAAAUACAAAAAUAUAUAUAGAUAAUGCACUUCCAGGAAACAAAACCUCAAACACAAAAGUUCCAGCUCUUAAAUAUGGAAUGUAAUUGUCAACAUUGUGUACGGUUUUGAUCAUUUUUGACAGAAAAUAAAAAGUAGACUUUCUUAUAAAA